AUGGGCAACUCUUCGAGUGGUCAUAAGCGUAGAUCAUCACUAGACGACGAUAUUUUAUCUGGUGUCCUAGCAGGAAAGAGAUAUGCAUACCAAAUGUCACAUGAUACCGCAGCCGAAGAGUCGGUGAUCAGCUUUGUAACAGGGAGUUCAGCUGUAAAUGCUAUCGCCGAUCAACUUCGUGAUUCUAGGUUGUACGACUCGGGUGGUAAACCAAGCUUGUUUGUUGGAGGACCUUCUUCUGGUCCUGAUACGUCAGAAGACACUCAAACCACUGUUCAGAGUGUUCCCACAGUCUUUAAAUGGGACGGAGGUGGAAAGGAUGUUUACAUAAGUGGGACAUUUAAUGGGUGGAAAUCAAAAAUUCCCAUGGUUAAAAGCUCAAGUAAACAUAACUUCUACACAAUUAUUGACCUUCCUCUUGGUGAACAUCAGUACAAAUUUAUUGUCGACGGGCACUGGAAACUCGACCAAAAUCAGCCUGUCAUCACUAGUCCAACUGGUGUUCAGAAUAACGUAAUUGAAGUUAAGGAGUCCGAUUUCGAUGUACUUGCCGCUCUGUCACAUGAUAUGGCCAAUUCCCGAGGUAGUAAUGAAGAUCGUCCACCAACUACUCCUGCUGUUCCUUUCCAGACUGGUGAUGGAAAACCUGACCCCCCUAUACCAGAAGUGGAAAUUUCUCAUGUGUCUGGUUCCGGGUCACCACCUGGCGAAUAUUCUCGAGUGAUUCCUGCUACACCACUUGAAGCACUAUCGUUACAAGGAGGUAGUGGUGCAUCAUUACCUUCAGGAGCUCAUAAUGCAUCAAAUGACUCCAAGAAGGCUUUAACUCCUCCCUUACUACCUCCACAGUUACUUCAGGUAAUACUUAAUCGUGAUACAAAUGUUCAAUGUGAUCCAAAUUUGUUGCCACAACCAGAUCAUGUGAUGGUGAAUCACAUGUAUGCUUUGUCUAUCAAGGAUGGUGUGAUUGUUUUAUCUGCUAUUACACGUUAUCGACAAAAAUUUGUAUCUACUGUACUCUAUAAGCCAAUAUGA